UUUGUCAUCCACCGGUAUUUCCAACUUUGGCAACAUGUUCAUUACGCUGAAAGCUGCCAAGAAUGGAGCCAAGCAGACGGGCAUGGAGCAGGUCGCACUAAGCCAUGCAAACCAAGAUGGCACGCAUAGCCGCUUCGGGUCAAAUCGAAGGGAGGCAUGUGUUGGAUGCCACAACAAGAAGCUUCGUUGUACUGGUAGUAGAAUAUCAUGCGACAGAUGCAACGUCCAACAAAUUGCUUGCAUCUUUCCCCCUUCCCAUGGCCGCCGUCGGGCCCGGAGCAACCGAGUAGCUUCGUCCACCAUUUGCCACUCAGGGUUGCAGGGAAAUUUGGAAAAGAGUCUCCUUCAGUCUGGCGACCAUGGCUCAACAGCUCAGUCAACACAUGUGGUCAACCAACCCAGCACCUCGCUACCUAAUCUUGACUCUGGGGCAAAGCACGCGGUGAACAACGGUUCUAGCAAAAAUACUGUUCAUGAUGGUUGUCAAGAAUCGGUACAACCUCAACCUAUCAGCGGAUCAGGUCACGGUAUUGCAUCGACUGGCAUUCAGAUAGGUCAGCCGCACCCAAUGUGCUUCCCGACAGAUGUAGUGGCGGCCCAAGUCACGGCCUCAGAACAGACAAGUGCAACAUUCAUAGGCGACCAGUCAGCAGAUCUCAUGAUGAGCGAACCUAUCCAGGCCCAAUCUCUCACUGCAGAAAACCUGAUAAGCUCAUCAUCAUUGGAUAUUUCUCAAUUCUUCGCCGACUUCCCUGAUACGCCUUGUCUAUCAGCCACCAGCUUCACUACAUCUAAGGUGCAUGAAACUGAGAAUUCCAAUGGCGCGCUUGCAUGCUCUUGCCUGGGAGACGCCCUUGAUAUUGUGCAAAAGCUUGAUGACGAUGCCUUUCAGCUAAGGACGCUUGCUUUCGACCAUGUUCUGAAACUUCAAAAAUGGCUGAUAUUCCAUUGCUGCAAACCUCUCGAUUGCGACAAGUGUGCCGACUUGCUUCAGACAUACACCAUCAUACUUAUCAUUUGCGACAGGGUGGCAGAGAUGUUUAAAUGCCUAUCAAGACGCAUAAAACUGCCACUGUCCAACCCGACAGAGGUAGAUGAUCCCAGGUCUAUCGAAACACCGGAUAUGACCACACCAUCAUCCUCGGGGAUUCUCCCGAGGGACAAAGCUCCCUUGCAGGACGAAUCCACUGCGCAGCUAUUCGAUAGCUUCUCUGGUGACGCUGGGCUUACGACGCCUUGCAAUCCGGAGAUGUUUUCUCCUGAAUUUCGGGCCCAGUACUCCUACGAUGAACAAUUACACAUGAUCCGCGUCCUUGCCAAGAUCCAGGUUCGGAAUUUCAACCAACUCCUGGUGCGCAUUAGUGAGUUGCAGCAGACUCAACAGAGCCAAGCAAGAUUCGGGAAGAUCAUGUCUUUGAUCAAGCGACUUCAAGAGGCUGGGGCUUCAAUGGAUGCAUCUUUUCAGAGUAUGUUGCAGGGCCUUGUGGGCUGAGUUUGGUAUACUCUCGAUGCGGCAGAUGGAUAUUGAAAUUUCCUGUUGAUGGUUUGAUAUUGAUGAUGACGGUGUGAAUGUUUGAAGGAUAACCAUUUGUACAUACAUGUGCUUAAUCUACUCAAUCAUAGUUGCAAUGAAUAUACCGAAACUGACGGAAAU